AUGCAGGUCAACAUUUUCUCCAUCUUCGCGGUUAUGAGCGCUCUCGUCGCAUCUUCUCUGGGUUUCCUUCGUGCCAUCGCAGAUAACGAUGGCCUCGACCCAUCCUGGCCGACAAAUUACUUGUAUAACAGGCGAUUGUACUGUUGGAAGCAGUGA